GUAGAAGUCACUCCAGUUCCUAGCUGCUUCAGCCUCAUGUGAGUGUCUCAAGAAUAUUACUGGUCCCCAAGCUUACCUGGGAAAAUUGUGAGAAGGACUUGGAUUCCCUCGCCUAUCCCCUACACCCAGGGCCAGGUGCCCCUUGGGCCUAGAGACAUACAUGCAAGUACUGUAUCCACUAUGUACUAUGAAAAGAAGCCCAGGAGACAGCAAGCCUUCCGUGUUUACUGAACUCUUCCGGCCUGGCUUAUUUCCAACAUGAGGUGGUGGACCUGGCCCAGGAUGGAUUCACUGCAGAGACAGGACCUGCGGAGGCCCAAGAUCCAUGGGGCAGCCCGAGUUAGCACCCAGAACCUUGUCCCCUACCAGACACCCACCUUGGCCUACCUGCAGCGCCUGCUGUGGAUUCGAAGGGCCUCCUCGAUGAGCCACAUCAAUGAGGUCUGGCCUAACCUCUACCUGGGAGACGCGUAUGCAGCGCGGGAUAAGAGUAAGCUGUGCCAGCUGGGCAUCACCCACAUCGUGAAUGUGGCUGCCGGCAGGUUCCACGUUGACACGGGCUCCAAAUUCUACCGAGGGAUGCCUGUGGAAUAUUACGGGAUUGAGGCUGAUGACAAUCCCUUCUUUGACCUCAGCAUUUACUUCCUGCCUGCAGCGAGAUACAUAAGAACUGCUCUCAGCAAUCAAGGCCGCGUAUUUGUGCACUGUGCCAUGGGGGUCAGCCGGUCUGCCACGCUUGUCCUGGCAUUCCUCAUGAUCUGUGAAAAUAUGACCCUGGUGGAGGCCAUUCAGACGGUGCAGGCCCACCGAGACAUUUGCCCCAACUCAGGUUUCCUCAGGCAGCUCCAGGUCCUAGACAGUCGGCUGGGGCGGGAGAUGGGGAGGCUCUGACUGGGCAGGUAGCUGGGAAUAGAGACCCGUUAGGGGCCUCCCCUUCCCACCUGCCUUGUGGAAGACUGGCAGUCCCCACUGUUUACAAAAUGGACCCUGAGAUGUAAAUAUCAAGCUUUGGGACAUGAGGAUGGCAGGGGUGGGAAAGGUUGAGAAUUGAUGUUUUAACAGGUGAAUUUGCUCAACUUGUUUAAAAAAAAAAGAUUCUUUAUGCAUAGAAGAGUUGGUCUCAAUCUAUAAUAAAGAAUUAAUUCAUCAGACC